GCAGAUUCGCAUCACAGCUCAUUCGACACAUUAUUAUCUCAAAAUUAAUUAAUAAUCUAAGGAUAGUGCAUUAAAAUUACUUUAAUAGAUUUAAUAAAUUAUGACGUUUGGAGAAAUACUAGAAUUAAAUACCUAUCCAGCGUAAAAUAAAAUGUGUUCUGCGCAGAUUGGACAUUCUGAACAGACCUAAACAGGCGGGUUUGUUCAAAAUUCUACCCUAACAGACGCGUCGUGACUUAGCUAACUUUCUAUGUUUGUUUGUUUAAAGGUUCUAAACUAUAAACAAGUAAGUGCACUAAAACGUUUAAGAAGAAGAAAGGAAGUAAGUUUUAAUCUAAUGCUUACUGUGUUGCGAACAAAGUCAACCCAAUGUUUGUUUGUUUGUUUUUCUUUGUGGUGUUUAAUGUUAGCAUGCUAACUAAUGUUGAACUUGCAGUAUGUUUUGGUAACUUGAUUUGCUCCAGGCAGUAAUCGGGCCAUCACGCUUUCCUUUUCCAGCCCUUCACACUCAAAUCCAGAUAAUAUUUUUUCCUUAUGGAUCUUUGGGAGCUAAAUCCUCACUCAGUGACUCCAGCAGCGAAGGUCCUGGCGAGAUGUGUAGCCUCGGGCAUAAUAUCUCAGAAAGAGCUCGAUGAUGUAGCACAAGGGCCAGAGAUAUUUUCCUCUCAUCUGACUGAAACUGAGCAACUGAAUAAAAUCAAGCAAGAGAUCGACCAGGUCAGUUUGGACUUGGAGCUUCUAAGACUUGAGAAAAACAGUGCAGAUGUUACUCACAGUUAUUAUCUAAGUCAGAGAUUUGCCUGUUUGCAGCAGUUUACAUCUCAUCUUCAGGAAGUGCUAAGAGAACAGACAAGUUUGCGCCAAAGACUUAUGAAACCUCUUUGCCAGCAGAACCUGCCAAUACAGGCAGAUCUUCAUCGAUAUGUGGUCACACUCAUGACAAUGGUGGUUGAAUUCAUAGAGACUUUGGAAAUGAAAAUAAACAUGGUUCAUUCAAUUCCAACAGCUGCUGAGUCUAUGCGUAAUCUGAAUAAUGGUAUGACUCAGCUCCUGGCUCAAGUCACAGAGGUGGAGAGUCUGACGAAGCAAGUUCUUCAGCGUAGCAGCAAACCAGGGGACAAGAAGCCCAGCUGAGGAAACGAUAGCCUACAGGGCUAAUCCAACAAAAUGUAUGACAUGAUAAACUGUAAAUAAUUAUUGCUUUAUGUAAAAUCUCCAAAACUCUUCAGUAUGAGCAGUAUGACCACUGUUGCCUUGUGCUUCCUCUGGAACUUGCAGUAUAAAUAGUAACUGAAAUCUAAAACCAGGUGUAGAAGAAGAAAAAAAACAGUAAUAUACACAGUGUUUGUAAAUAUUUUAUGAGUUGUGUGAAUGGUUUACUUGUGUUUCUUAAUACAUAAAUAAAAUAACACUUUCUGUUUAAAAAAAU